CAAAUAAGUGCAGCACACACACACCGCCGUCGUCCUUGUAGCUAAUCUAGCACUAGCGGUGAUAGCUAGAUGGCGAUGUUGAGCUCCUACACCCUCCUUAGCCGGGCGCCGGCGCCGGGACCAAAGUUCUCUCCACCAGCCGCCGCCGCCGCCGCCACACUGCAGCUCCGCAAACAACUGUCACCGCCGGCGGUAGCGUCGUCUGUAGUGGCUCUGCGUUGGGCCUCAUGCAAGGAGUCCCGCCGGGCUCCUCUCUUCGUGUGCCACGCGCAGGGUGACAAGUACAAGUACGACAUCCAACCCAGUGCUCUGCAAAAUGCUCCCACAUCAGCGUCAGCGGGCGAUGACUGGAAUGUGAUGGGAGACGAGGACCUGGUCAUCCUCAAGUUGAGGGUGGGAGAGUCGGCCAAAGGUAAAGUGGAGGUUGGCACAACGACGGACCAGACACACCUGGUGAUCAAAUACACGGGUGACACCAACGACAACACCGAGGCGAGUAAGCUCAACGUCCCACUGGCGCUGCCUCCCGGCUACGACGGUAGCAAGGUGCAGCCCAGGUGGUUUGACGGCUGGCUGGUUAUUCUUAUCGCCAAGCCUAAGCACGGUCCCAAAAAGAUAGACAUUCCCAAGGAGCCAUAACUACCGGCCACUAACUGCAUGCAUGAAUGCAUGCCAUGCAUCCCGGCCCUGUGAUCAUCACUAUGCUGUAUGGAUAGACAGACAGAUGAUGUCCUUUAUUUAGUUUCGAUCUCAGGCAACUUUGAUCUGUUAUAUGUGUUAAUAAUACAUAAAAUAAUGAUGUGUGUGUGAGUACAAGCAGUAAUAUGUGCUGCGCGUGUACUAGCUUGUACGGUAUUGGCAAAUAAUAACCUUGUAUGGUACUCUGAUGUUUAAUCAGACACAUAUGUUCUCUAUA